CCGCUCGUCCCCCUUCCGGAAUCGAGCCGUCGCUCUCCGCCGCAAUCCACGCCGUCCCGGCGAGCGAGCGAGCGAGAGAGAGAGGGAGAGGGAGAGGGAGAGGGAGACACUCUACUCGGAUCGAGCGGAAUCGAGAUGGACGGCGGCGAGCACGAGCCGGAGGAGUCCUCCUCCCAGCGCCGGGAGCGCCUCCUCGCCCUCCGCUCCGCCGCCAGCGCGUCGCCCGCGGGGGCGCCUCCCCCGGCGCCCGCGGGGAGCCUGCUCCCGGACCCUGACCUCGCGGGGGACGAGGCCACCUGCCAGCGCCCGCGCCCGCCCCAGCGGUUCGACUACUACACCAACCCCGCCGCCGCCUUCUCCUCCUCCUACUCCGGCGGCGCCACCAAUCCGACCUGGUCCCACAAGCGCAAGAGCCCUCCCGCCUGCUACUAUCCGCGUCCCGCCCCGCCUCCGCCUGCUUACGGGAACUAUGGUGACAACAAUCCUCCACACCAGCAUCAUUUGGCUCCAUCGCCAAUCCACUCCCCACCCCUGAUUCCACGAGGUGUACCAGGGAGCUGUCCAUGGAGAAGUCCUAUGCAGUUCCAGGAUCCUAUGUCAGGAUACCAAGGAGCACCUCCUGGUGCUCCACCUCCUUGGGGUCCACAUUCUGGUCCUCCAGCUAGAGGAUCUUAUCCAAAUUCACCUAGGUUUGGGUUCAGGCACCCUAAUCCUGGCCGAGGGGGCAGCCCGAUGAAUUAUGGACCAAGAGGUAGCCUAAACUCAUCUUAUGGACGAGGCAGGGGCCCCAAUAACUAUGGUAGCUCAGGUUCAAGGGGAAGAGGGGGAAGGUGCGGAUUUGGUUGGCAAGACCGCAGCUACUUCAUUAAGUCCAUGGUUGAUGACCCUUGGCUGGGCUUGCAACCUAUUGUUGGCAACAUACUGAUACCCAAGGGCGACUCGGAGUCGUGGCUUCCAACAUCGCUGAGGGAAAAGAAGGAAACACCUGCUCAAGGCCAGAUUAAGUCGACAUCGGGACUGAGCCUAGCAGAGUACCUUGACUUAUCUUUCAAUGAGGUAUCUAAUAAAGAGACAUAGUUUUUUUUGUAUGAUAACUAGGAUACUGGUUGAUGUUGUUUUCACUAUUAUUUGCAAUAGAUUUUACCCCCAUUGAAAAUCAUGUUCUUUAUCUGCACUCCUUCCAUUGCCCUAGAUUGUGUGGCUUUGACAA